AUGGAGGAACUUCCGAUAAGACCGUCUGGCAUUUUGAUGCAGACGGACUUCAUCACGCCUGAGCACGAAGCCAAGCUCCUCGACAUCUUUCGGAACGAUCUGCAGUGGCCGGACCGGUCUGGCCGUCUGUCAUUGCAUUAUGGCUAUACCUUUAGCUACAAGACGUUUGGCAUCGACGAAGAAACUCCCUAUAAUCCUUUUCCUGACUGGCUAGUGCCUCUCCUGCCGCCGACGGAGAGCCGCGCCCCUGAUCAGGUGUGCCUGCAAUACUAUGCUCCUGGUACAGGCAUCCCGCCACACGCCGAUACUCACAGCCCGUUCGAUCAACUAUAUUCUUUGUCCCUAGGUAGCCCUCUGAUGAUGGUAUUCCGUGAUAGUGAGACAGGAGACAAGGUUGAGGUUGACCUCCUGCCAAGGAGCAUGAUGCAGAUGAGCGGAGAUUCAAGAUUGCAUUGGACACAUGGUAUAAAGUCUAGGAAGACGGACACGUUGCCUGACGGUACUGUCAGACCAAGAACCGACCGUUGGAGCCUGACGUACCGCUGGCUGCGACAGCCUGCCGUGUGCGAGUGUGGUAAUGAAAAGCUGUGUGAUACGGCGCAACGAAGAAAUGGCGUGGAAAAGGAAUAUCGGUGGAAACAGUACGAAGAAGAUGCAAAGAAUAGUGCGACUGCCGCGGGUAAGUGA